CCUUCCCAUCUAUUGUAAGCCUUGCUUCCUGUCGACCAAAGCUUUAGCAAUGGCGCCAUUGACCAAGCUCUUCCUCCUACUCCUGGGCCUAAACUUGAUGGUCACCGCUGUGCAUGGUGGCUGCGGACCCCACUGCCCGACCCCGACCCCACCACCACCUCCAUCGACCAACGGCGGCACGUGCCCGAUCGACACGCUGAAGCUGGGCGUGUGUGCCACCGUGCUGAACCUCGUGAAGCUCGGGCUCGGCGUGCCGCCCAACGAGCGGUGCUGCCCGCUGCUGGCCGGUCUGGCCGACCUUGACGCCGCUGUGUGCCUCUGCACCGCCAUCAGGGCCAAGGUCCUCGGCGUCAUCAACCUUAACGUCCCCGUCGACCUCGUCCUCCUACU